AUGAGGGCCUUAGGAUGGAACUACCGAGGGCUUGGGAACCCUCGGUCAGUUCGUGUGUUGCGUAAUAUUGUGCAACAAUGGGAUCCCGAUUUUGUGUUUCUUUCAGAAACAAAGCUGAGAAUGCAGAGUAUGGAAAGGAAGAAAAUGAGUAUUGGUUUUACUAAUGGUUUAGUUAUUCCAAGCCAUGGAAGAAGUGGAGGUCUGGCUUUGCUGUGGAGAAAGGAAAUUAACGUUGAUGUUCAAAGCUUCUCAGAUAGACAUAUUGAUGCCAUAGUUACUGAAGACAGGGGGUUUAAAUGGCGAAUAACUGGUUUUUAUGGAAACCCUAAGGUCCAUAGAAGGAAGGAAUCUUGGGAAUUGUUAAAAGUUCUUAGCAGAAAGUUUCAACUCCCCUGGCUAUGUUUUGGGGAAUUUAAUGAAAUUGUGUCGACUUCGGAGAAAAUGGGAGGAGCUCGAAGAUCUCAGAGGCAGAUGGAUGAUUUUAGGGAAGCUAUUAACUACUGUAGGUUUAUGGAUCUUGGAUUUUAUGGUCCGGAGUUCACUUGGUACAAUAUGCAAGAAGGUCGGCACAGGAUGUAUCUUCGGCUGGAUCGGGCUCUAGUUACGCAGGAUUGGGCUGACCACUAUAAGGAUGUGAGAGUUCAUCAUCUUGUGGAAUCGAUGAGUGACCAUUGUGCGCUUUUGAUCACCGACUCCAUUGUUUUGCAAAGUCCCUGGAAAAGAAGGUUUCAGUUUGAAGCAAUGUGGACGAGAAGAGAUGAGUGCAGGGAUAUCAUCAGGACAGUGUGGAAUGAUAGUGUAAAUCUUUAUAGUCCGAAUGGCAUGGUGGCAGGGCUUAAGCAGUGUGCUGAUGAUUUAUCAAGGUGGAACGGGGAGGUCUUUGGCAGGGUUCCUAGGCAGAUUCAGAAUAAGAGGAGAGUCCUUAAUGAAUUAGUGUUGAGAGUUCAUGAUGGCAGCAAUGGUUAUGAAAUUAAUAAGAUUAGAAAAGAGAUUAAUGACUUGCUGGAAUGUGAGGAGAUAAUGUGGCAACAAAGGUCUAAGGUUCAAUGGAUGGGGCUGGGGGAUCGUAAUACUAGAUAUUUUCACACAAAGGCCUCUGAGAGGAAAAAGAAAAAUACCAUCUCUAAGAUUUUGGAUGAAAGGGGGAUGUGGAGAGAGUCUGCCUUGGAGAUAGCGGAGGUGGCUGUGUCUUAUUUUGAGAAGUUAUAUAGGACUUCCAAUCCCGAUAAGAUUGGGGAAGUUGUUGAAGCUAUUGAUCCUAAAGUUUCAGCCGAAAUGAACCAAAGUUUGAUCAAGCAGUUCACAAGAGAGGAGGUUGAGGCAGCCCUGAAGCAGAUGCAUCCGUCUAAAUCUCCUAGCCCAGAUGCCUUUGAGCUCAUGCAUUAUUUGGAUCACAAAAAAGAUGGGAAGGAUUGCUACAUGGCAAUCAAAUUGGACAUGAGCAAGGCUUAUAAUAGGGUGGAAUGGGGCUUCAUUGAGCAGGUUAUGGCUACCUCUGGCCAGAAAAUUAAUGCCGAUAAGUCCUCAGUUUUCUUUAGCGCUAACACGGUGGAGGAAAAGAGAAAUGAAAUUUUGGUGAUUCUUGGGCCUAUGCAAGAUUCUCGGCAUGGGAAGUAUCUGGGCCUGCCAUCUAUUAUUGGUAAAUCAAAGAAUGAAGUUUUUGCGGAAAUUAAAGAAAGGGUGGGAAGGAAGUUAGCUGGGUGGAAAGAGAAUCUUUUGUCUAUAGGGGGUAGAAAGACCUUAAUUAAGGCGGUGGCCCAGGCUAUCCCUACGUAUGCUAUGAGUUGUUUUCUAUUACCAAAAGGUUUGUGUGAUGAUAUAGAGGGUAUGAUGAGGAGAUUUUGGUGGGGGCAACGUGGUCAAGAGUCAAGAAUUGCUUGGGUGAGUUGGAAACGCUUGUGCAAAUCGAAGCUUCAGGGUGGGAUAGGCUUUAGAAACCUUCAGGCCUUCAACCUUGCCAUGUUAGCAAAGCAAGGUUGGAGGCUUCUUAUGAAUCCGGACUCGUUGGUAGCACGGGUUUAUAGAGCUAAAUACUAUGCCCAUGGAGAUGUUCUUAAUGCUAGCCUGGGUUGCAAACCAUCCUAUGCUUGGAGGAGCAUAAUGCAAGGUCUUGAGGUUGUUAGAAAAGGUACUCGAUGGAGAGUGGGUAAUGGGAGGUUGAUUCAUAUAUGGAAUGAUAAAUGGCUGCCUACUCCCACAACAUUCAAGGUGGUCUCUCCGCCCUGUGGUUUUGAUGAUUACCCCACGGUCUUGGCUCUUAUUGAUCAUGACCUUAGAAGAUGGAGGGCUGAUAUUGUGAAGUCCAUUUUCCUGCCCUUUGAAGCUGAUACGAUUCUCAAUAUCCCAAUCAGUUACAAUCUUCCGAAGGACAAACUCAUUUGGGUUGGAAAUAGGAAGGGUGUUUUUUCAGUCAAAAGUGCCUACUAUGUCGCUCUUAAUUUGAUGGAUUGUUCAAAUGAGGGAGAAAGCUCCUUUGGGGAUCCUUUGGAGCGGCUGUGGAAGAAGAUUUGGCAUCUCAAUAUUCCAUCAAAGAUCAAAAAUUUUGCAUGGAGAGCUUGUUUAGACGCCCUUCCUACUAUGGUGAAUUUGAAGAAAAGAGGUAUUGGAGAGAAUGGUUUUUGCCCUUGUUGUGGAAGUGAGUUGGAAGCAAUUUCUCACUCUAUUAUCCGCUGUGAAGUGGCGAAGAGGGUGUGGGACUGUUGGGAUGUCUGUUUAGUUGAGGAUGGACAGGAGUUAUAUGAUGUGCCGGAUAUUGCUUUACAAAUCCUUGAUAAGAGAUCAAUCCGUGAUCUAGAAGUGUUUUUACUGUUGCUUGGUCAAUUUGGUUUAAUAGAAACUUAG